CUUCGAGUCAGGAGUGCCAUGAAGGUUGAACAAAAAGGGUCUCUUCUCCCACCGACCGCGUCAUGCAGCUAGAUAGUUGUGUCAAGGCUUGUCUACGGAUGCAGCAUCCAUGUCAGCAGAGUGCUGACACCAUGUGGUGUGAGUGUCGCCACUGCCACCUGAUUGAUGGACGUCGCUAUGCUAUGCUAUGUAUGCUGAGUGAGUGAAUGAGUGAGUGACCACCCCUCUGGUGUGAGCCGCAACCUACCACCCACCCGACCACUCUCAGCCAGCUGACUAAGCGAGAGACCGACCAGACCAACUCAGACACACAAACCACCACACAUCACACAUCACACUGCACACUACUCUCACAACGCCCACCACACACACACACACACACAUCACCCGAUAUCAUCACACACAUCACGUGCCACGAAACGAACCAGGAAUGGAUAAAGGGAUGAUAAAGCCUCUCUCAAUCACUCAGACGGCGCACUGCACUCAAAAGGGCGCCGCGACGUUGUCGGCCCUCCUGAGAUGGAACCUCUGCCCUGCAAACAAACAAACAAACAAACAAACAACGAUGAGUGAGUGAGUGCACAGAAAGCUGUAUCUCAGUCCAUGCGCACCUCUUGGCGUCAUCCUCCGCAAGUUCACAUCGUCGACCUCCCCAUUUGUCUCAAGUGUCUCACCCGCCUACACACACACCACACCACAACAGACACAGACACGCCAUCAUAAGUGCAUCCGUGACCACGUCUGAUCGACAAGUCGCUGUCUGCUCGUCGAGCCCACCCCACCUACCUGAUCCGCUGCGGUCGUGUUGGUGAUGAACUCGAUGAUCUCGUCCGCCGGAUGGUAUCCGUCAAAAGUAGCGGGCGUCUUGCCCUUUAUGAAGAGCCUGAGGCUCGGGUAGCCCGGCAGAGCAUAUCUGUCGCACACGUCGGGGUUGCCGUCGGCCUCGCAGUCGACCUUGAUGAACUUGACAGGCGGCUCGUGCGAGGUCAGAUUCGCCGCCGCGGUGUCCAUCGCAGGCAGGGUCCGCUGAGACCACCCACACCAGGGGGCGUAGAACAUGACCAUCACGUAUCGGUUGCCCUUGAUGAUCUCGUCGAACUCCGCCCCUCCAGUCACAUUCAGCACCUCCGCUGUCACAGUGGCGUUACCCACCUGCCCGCUCACCGAGGCGGGAUAGCCGCUGAGCAGGAGGAGGGGCACAGCAAGAUUGAUCAAGAGGCGCGGCUGCAUGGCUGGCAUGGCUGGUCGGAUAGAGAAAAAGGUGCUGAUGGUGAGCGUCGGCGGCGUGUGUGCUGGGAGGGUCACACUCGAUGGCGAGGGAGGAGGGGACGAAGGGGAAGAGAGGGGAGGAGAGAAAAAACGCAGAUCUCUCAAACUUCG